AAACGAGGAAAAAUGCCAACUAUAUUCACCAACGAGUAUUCGCGCGGGCCGCUGUACCAGUACUGGAAGGAGCGGAACCAGGAGGAGAAGGCGCUGCGCGAGCAGCGCAUCGAGGAGGCCAAGCUCCGCUCCAAGGGCUUCCGCCCCAUGGAGCCGGCGUUUGGGCCGAGCAGCACGGACUCGUACGCCCACCGAGCCGCGAGCGGGCCCCCUGCUUACCAUCCCGACACCGGCGCCGGCGCGGAGGGAGUCGAGGGCUCGUCGUUGCGACAACAACAACCACAACGAGAAUCCGCUGGCGGCGGCGACGAGUUGCCCUCGUACGGCGCAUCGACGGGAGGGGCCGCGGCAGAGAGGGGGGCCGACGAACCUCCAUCGCUCCUCUCCGCCGAGGAGGAAAAGGCCCGCCUGCGCCAGCUCGAGGAACAGCGGCGCCAGAUCCAGUCGGACUCGGCCCUCGCCCAGACCCUCUCUGCCGAGGAGGAGGACCCCGACGAAGCCGCCCAGGCGGGCAAGGGCAAGCAGCCAGAACGGCGCAAGAGCACGGCGGGCAAGAUCGGGCGCUGGCUGGCCGACGCCGCGAGCGGGUAUACCAAGAAGCAGGAACGGUGGUGAACCAACACGAAGCCGCUUGAGCGAGCCAACCUCCUUUUCCUUUUCAGAUCUCGGAGCGAGUCUCGCAGUGCUUUUCAACUUGCGGAUUUCGGCUCUCUUCUGUUUUUUUUUAAUUCUUGGGUGUUGGAGCAGGGGGGCCCGCAUGGACGGGGGAGCCGAGCACGGGGCGAAGUGUUGUUACGUUAGUUCCUGCCCUAAUUCAGUUCCAUGCAUGAAAAACAAAAUGACCACAAUGAGACACACGCAUCCAAGGUACAAUGCAUAUCGUCCCGGAAAUGAGACGCUCCACCUAGGUAGCAACGAACCACCUGUAACCCAAAUCACGCCUGGGUCUGAACGGUCGGUCAUCGUCUGUUUGAAGAAAGGGGGAAGAAAUCUCGAUUGCGAAAUGACUUGAGC